AUGCCUUUCAACUUCUAUGUCGACGAGGUGGCCAUUGAAGAUGCGGAGCCUCCAAAGCUGUUGGAGCAGCAACGCAACGCACUUCUUGGACAGCAGCAGAAUGGCAACUCAGAGACAGCAAAUGCGGAAAGUGCUGCGCCAGCGCCAAAACCAGAGCCCUUUGUUGGGAGGCGCACUGGGCGCUCGCUGAAAGCCCUUGAGAACCUUGAGGGUGGCUCUGCAGAGCCAGAGGCCCCACGGCCAGCACCGCCACGUGUCGCAGACGGCCUGCGGCGUGAUUGCACACCACACAGUACGCAAAUUGCAGUUGCAGAGGUGCUGUACCACAGUCGGCCACUUAUCCAUUUGGCCCUGCUGCGAAGCCGCGGAAGAAGGUCCUGGGCUGCGUGGAUUGUCGCUUUGCUUCUGGAGCGUUUGUCUGCCGGCCUGCUGGCGAUGGAUCUCCGCAGCAUGCCAAACAGCCGCGCGCGCCUGUUGGAGGCUGCUGAGGUCAGCAGGCGACAGAAUCUGACGCUCUGGGCUUUGGUGAGGCCAGGCAGUUGGAGAGAGAGAGAAGCUUCAGAGCCCUGUGUAACUGUUGUUACAACAAAUUAUAAGAGUCUUGGUUGA